AUUUGUACCAGUGAACGUGUGACGGAAAGAACUAACAGUAUUUAAGGAUUUCUGAUAAAUGGACAACACCUAAAUCUGGAUACUAUUGCUGGGAUUAUGAUCUGUAAGUUUUGUGGAAAUUUAUACACAAAACUUGAGGAAUUUGUUGGACACUUUUCUACAAAUUAUUAUAUGAACAAGAAGAAAUUACAGAGUAAAACAAAGUUUAAAAAUAAAUAUCUAUGUUGCAGAAGAAAGCAACUAACUGACUUUGCGGAUUCCAAAACUCAUAACAAAAAUGUUAAAAAUGAAAUUGAAAUAGUUGAAUAUGAUUUGAAAGAGGAUAAAGAUACCAGAGUAACUGGUAGUUUUGAGAUAAGUUCAAGUGAUGGUCAGAAAUUGGAGAAAAGUGAUUCACAUGGACAUUUAUUUACUCACAAUGAAGAAAAGUCACUCAAAUGUGACUUUUGUUUAAAAACUUUCUCAAAGAAAACUCUAUUAAAAUCACAUUUGCGUAUUCACACCGGAGAAAAACCAUUCAAAUGUGAAAUUUGUUCAAAAACUUUUUCGUGGAAAAAUAAUCUGAAUGCACAUUCUCGUAUUCACACAGGAGAAAAGCCAUUCAAGUGCGACAUUUGUUUGAAAACUUUUUCACAGAAAAAUAAUUUGACUACGCAUUUGCAUAGUCACACAGGAGAAAAGCCAUUCAAAUGUGAUAUUUGUUCUAAAAAUUUUCCACGGAAAACUCAAUUGAAUACACAUUUGAUAAGUCACACAAAAGAAAAGCCAUUCAAAUGUGAAAUUUGUUUAAAAACUUUUUCACAUAAAAAUAAUUUAAAUUUGCAUUUAAAUAGUCACACAGGAGAAAAUCAGUUCAAAUGUGACAUUUGUUUCAAAAGUUUUCCAAGAAAAUCUCAAUUGAAUAUACAUUUGCUAAGUCACACAAAAGAAAAGCCAUUCCAGUGUGACAUUUGCUUUAAAAGUUUUUCACAGAAAAAUAAUUUGAAUACACAUUUGCGUAGUCACACAGGAGAAAAGCCUUUUAAAUGUGAUGUUUGUUCAAAAUCAUUCACACAGAAAUGUCAUUUGAAUGAGCAUUCACGUAGUCACACAGGAGAAAAGCCAUUUAAAUGUGAUAUUUGUUUAAAAACGUUUACACAGAAAUGUCAUCUGUUUGAACACCUACGUAGUCACACAGGGGAAAAACCUUUCAAAUGCGACGUUUGUUUGAAAACUUUUUCGUGGAAAAAUAAUCUGAAUGCACAUUUGCGUAUUCACACAGGUGAAAAGCCAUUCGAAUGUGUCAUUUGCUUGAAAACUUUUUCACAGAAAUGUCACUUGAUUGAGCAUUUCCGUAGUCACACAGGAGAAAAGCCAUUUAAAUGUGACGUUUGCUUAAAAACUUUUUCGCAGAAAAAUAAUUUGAAUACACAUUUACGUAGUCACAUAAAAGAAAAGUGAUUAAAAUAUGAAACUGAAAAUCAUUUGAAUCGGAUUUUUUUAUUGAUAUGGCUCUAGUGGCCAAACUUUUCAUCGUUCAAUUGAAAUAUUUAUAUCAACAUUUGUCACAAAAUCGGGUAUUAUAUUUAAUUUUUUUUAUUUUUUAUUGAAUUAAACAGGUUAGGUCAGAGUUAUGAGAUCAUAUUGUGGCAACUUUAAAGUGGAACCUCUCUUUGUUGACAAAUUGGAUAAACCGAAUUUACUUUUUUACCUUUUCCAUCACUCGAAUAUCUUGCACCUCCAGUAUAACCGGUAUCUGAAAUCCAUCUUUUAGUGAUGGUUCAGAGAAUAUCAAUAUCUGAAUUAUAAUCAAUUGUUAUAACUUUUGGCAAAUUUCUAUUUUUUUGUGAUACUUUUGUUUUUUGAAAACCUCUAUUUGUUAUUCGUUUUUUUUUGCCUUUUCUUCGCUUCCACAAAAUCAUCUUUUUCAUGAAUAUACUAUAAUCAUAAACGCCGAAGAAAUAAUCGACAGUUAAAGAAUAAUAAACAAAUCAGCUGGUACUUGCAAGUUUCAACUUGUCCCUGUUGUUAUUACUAAUUUAUUUGAGCAGAUAACUAAUUUAGCUUUGGGUAAAACGUUCAAAAAGGUACUGAAAAAACAAACAACGUGUUGACGGUAUUCAAUGUGUUUAUUAACUACUACUAAAAAGGAAAGAAAAUAAAAAUACAUCCGUUAGGUUACAAUAAAUGAACAUAGAUGUCGCCACACGGCUCAUGAGCUUUUGGUAUUAUUUCCAACACAAGUAUAUAUAAGUACAAGCAGUAUAUUGGUAUUGACUUUGUUUAGAACAAAAUAAAAUUCUGAUCUGUUCUAAGGUACUGAAAUUUCUAUUCAAAUUUUUUAAAGAACGAUCUUUCUAACGGGGACUUGAGAUGAGAAAGUUAAUUCUCAUUGGAUAACUUACGGAUCUAGACUAGAAGAUCUGGGAAUAGAAGAAGAACUAAUUUUCACCAUUAUAAUAUUUGUGUUUAAUAUUGUUGACUUUUUUGUUCAAAUAGCUAUAAUUUAAUUACUAAUAUUAUAUGAUCCAAGCAAAAUGAGUUUGGAGCAACAAAUUAAGAGAGAAAUCGAUAUUCAAAAUGAUUUUGUUUGGAAAAUGGAUGUUAAACAAGAGUUGAGUGAUGAUGAUGUAUCUAAGGCCGCAGUUCAAGAUGUGAAUACUAAUAUUAAUAGUAUUAAACAAGAAGUAAAAGACGAAUUCAACAUUGAUCAAUUAUUUGAAGAAUCUAUGGCUGCAGAAAAAACAGGGAGGAACAGUUCUCAUAAGAUUGAUAUACCUAACAUUCAAAACAAAUCUGAAUAUUUUAUAGGGAAUCCAGGAAGGCGAACUAAAUCGAAAGGACUACUUAAAAAUGGAAAAUACCUAAAUCUAGAUACUAUUAAUGGGAUUAUAAUAUGUCAAUCUUGUGGAAAUUUAUACACAAAACUAAAAGAAUUUGUUUACCACUUUUCUACUAAUCAUUGUACGAAUAUGAAAUUACUAUGCAAAAUGAAAUUACGCCAGAAAAGUUGCAGAAGUAGACGAGGAACUAUUAUUUCCAGAAUUCUUACUGUAAAUGUUAAAAAUGAAAUUGAAAUCAAUGAACAUGAUUUGAAAAAAGAAAAAGAUAUAUUCAAUGAUACUUUUGAAAAAAGUUUAGAUGGCAGUCAGUUCACUCACACUAAAAAAAAUCCACUCAAAUGUGAUUUUUGUUUAAAAACUUUCUCAAAGAAAUAUCUAUUACAAUCACAUUUGCCUUUUCAUACUGGAGAAAAACCAUUCAAAUGUGAUAUUUGUUUAAAAUCUUUUUCAUGGAAACAAAAUUUGAGAACACAUUUAUUUAUUCACACAGGGAAAAGGGCAUUCAAAUGUGAUAUUUGCUCCAAAACUUUUACAUGGAAAAGUAACCUGAAAACACAUUUGCAUGGUCACUCUGGAAAAAAGCCAUUUAAAUGUAAUAUUUGUUCGAGAACUUUUUCGCAUAAGAAUUAUUUGAAUACACAUUUGCGUCGUCACACAGGUGAAAAGCCAUUCAAAUGUGAUAUUUGUUUGAAAACUUUUUCUCGGAAAAGUAGUUUGAAGAAACAUUUGCUUAUUCGCAAAAGAGAAAAGCAAUUCAAAUGUGAAGUUUGCUCGGAAAAUUUUUCAUUGAAAUGUCAUUUUAUUGGACAUAUGGCUAGUCAUAUUGGAGAAAAAUCAAACAAAUGUGACAUUUGCUCUAAGACUUUUUCAAAGAAAUCUUAUUUGGAUGAACAUUUACGUAUUCACGCAGGAGAAAAACCAUUUAAAUGUCAGAUAUGUUCAAAAACAUUUUCAAGGAAAUGUAAUUUAAGUACACAUAAUAUAAGUCACAGGAAAGAAACGCCAUUCAAAUGUGAUAUUUGUUCACAAGCUUUUCCGUGGAAAACUUGUUUGGAUAAACAUUUUUGGCUCAGUCACGGAGAAAAGCCAUUCAAAUGCGAUAUUUGUUUACAAACAUUUUCCUGGAAAAAUUGUUUGAAUAGACAUUUACGUCGUAGUCAUACAGGAGAAAAUCCAUUCAAAUGUGACAUUUGUUCAGAAAAAUUUCCAAAGAAAAAUCAUUUGGUUACACAUUUGCUUACUCAUGAUGGUGGUGGAAAGCGAUUCAAAUGUGAAUUUUGUUUGAAAACUUUUUCUAGAAAAUAUAAUUUGAAUAUACAUUUGCAUACUCACACAGAAGAGAAGCCGUUCAAGUGUGAUAACUAGUGAAAUUUGAUUCUUUCCAAAUAUUUCUCUUACUAAAUACUUAAAAUUAAUUGCACAGCUCUUGUGCUAGAAUGCACAUUACAAACGAACAUUUAUUUUUAGUAUUUAAUCAAAAUAUAUAGGAAGUGUAACAGAAAAUGUUCAUUUCAAUAAGAGUGGACCUCUUAUUGGACAUAAAGUAAUCGUCGCCUCGUUGGAAUCAAAUGGAUCCUCUUCUGUUGGUGAUUCGAUAUUAGAGCCUGUCCUGUCUAGCUACAGUGGAAUUCUAAAAUUUGGUAAACGCGCGUACAGCAGGAUACAUUUGAUGUUUGAGUGUAAAUAAUUUUUUAUAGCAAGCGGUUUAUUUACAUUGUUUCUUUUGAGUAAUUUCCAGGAAGGUCUAUUUAUUUAUUUGUUUUGUUUAUUUUUGUUCUAAAUCUAGAAAAUUCUUUUUGGAUAAGUAUGUAAGUACGUAAUGUAACGCAGAUAGUUUAGUUUUAAAUAAAUACUCGUAGUGAAAAGAACGAAUUAGUAAAAGUAAUCGCAAAAAUUAUUUAUAAGUAAAUUAUUAUAAGUGUAUUGUAUAGUGUGUAAAUAAAUUAAGAACGUAUUUAGUAUUUAUUAAUUCACCUCACGAAUAGAAAGAGUGUAAAUAAAUACGAAAAACGUUACAAUAUGGUUUCGAAACAUGGCAACGACCGAAAGACUUGGGAAAAAGAUACAAAUAAUAGAAAUAAGAUUCCUCCAGAAAUUGGAAAACAAGACUCGAUUAGAACAAAAUAAAAAACGAAACUUACAAGCAAACAUUAAAUACAAAAUCUACAGAACAAUACUUAGAAGAAAAUGGUCCGGACAUGUGAAAAGGAUUACAAGGAGAACACCAGAAGCCAGAACGAUAAGGUCGAGAAACGAAGGACGAAAUCAAAAAAGCGAUUGAGAAUAGAGGGAAGAAACUACAUGAGGUACUACCACAAACAAAGGACUAAAAGAAAUGGAAAGAAUCGAAUAAUGAAAGAAAA